AUGGGCAUCCUGUUGUCAAAAUUAUGGAGCCUGUUUACAAAUGAAGAACACAAAAUCAUCAUUGUUGGACUGGACAAUGCUGGAAAGACAACAAUUUUAUAUCAGUUUUUAAUGAAUGAAGUUGUCCACACAUCACCCACCAUUGGAAGCAACGUAGAGGAGGUAGUUUGGAAAAAUAUACAUUUUCUCAUGUGGGACAUUGGAGGUCAAGAGUCACUGCGUGCCUCUUGGAAUACCUACUACACUAAUUCUGAGUUUAUCAUCAUGGUCAUUGACAGCACAGACCGAGAACGAUUGUCAGUUACAAAAGAGGAGCUCUAUAAAAUGCUGGCACAUGAAGAUCUCCGUAAAGCUGCUGUACUGAUAUAUGCUAACAAGCAGGACAUCAAAGGCUGCAUGUCUCCCGCUGAAAUCUCCCAGCAGCUGAACCUGACAACGGUUAAAGAUCACGUGUGGCACAUACAGGCUUGUUGUGGGCUCACGGGGGAGGGGUUAUAUCAAGGCUUGGAGUGGAUAACAUCACAUAUACGAAGGCGAUGA